CCGACUCUGCUGCCUUGCCCUUGUUCGCUCCCGCCUCGCCGCUCUCUCUUCGCGUGUGCCUGAUCUGACUGGCGGCCCUGGUCUCAGUCAGUCACAUGAGCAAGCCGCCUGUCGUCUGCGACAAUGGCACCGGGUUUGUCAAGUGCGGCUUCGCGGGCGACAACUUCCCUGCGCACAUCUUCCCGUCGAUCGUCGGCCGGCCCAUCCUCCGCGCCGAGGAGAAGGUGGGGCAGGUCCAGCUCAAGGACAUCAUGGUUGGCGACGAGUGCACUGCGGCACGGGACAUGCUGGAGACGUCGUACCCAAUCACGAACGGGGUCGUGCAGCGGUGGGAGGACAUGUGCCACCUCUACGACUACACCUUUCGCGAGAAGCUCAAGAUCGACCCCACGGAGCACAAGAUCAUGCUGACCGAGGCGGCGAUGAAUCCGAAGAAGAACCGCGAGGCCCUCGUCGAGACGAUGUUCGAAAAGUACAACUUUGCGGGCGUGCACUGCGCCAUCCAGGCGGUGCUGACGCUGUACGCGCAGGGCUUGCUCACCGGCGUCGUGGUCGACUCUGGCGACGGAGUGACGCACAUCGUCCCGGUCUACGAGGGCUACGCGCUGCCCGCCAACAUCCGCCGCCUCGACGUCGCGGGACGCCACAUGACCGAGUACCUGAUCAAGCUGCUGCUGCUGCGCGGGUACACCUUCAACCGAUCCGCAGACUACGAGACGGUGCGCGAGAUGAAGGAGCAGGUGUGCUACGUGGGGUACGACCUCGAGCUGGAGAAGAAGCUUGCCCUCGAGACGACCACCGUGAUGGAGGCGUACACUCUCCCCGACGGGCGAGUCAUCAAGGUGGGUGCGGAGCGGUUCGAGGCGCCCGAGGCGCUCUUCCAGCCGCGGCUCGUGGACGUGGACGGGAAGGGGCUCGGCGAGCUGCUCUUCCAGGUCAUCAACACGGCCGACAUGGACCUGAGGCCAGAGUUUUACAAGCACAUCGUCCUCUCUGGCGGCUCGACCAUGUACCCGGGGCUGCCGUCGCGGCUGGAGAAGGAGAUCCGCGAGCUCUACCUCCGGGAGGUUGCAAAGGGGGACACGGCGCAGCUCGAGCGGCUCAAGCUGCGGAUAGAGGACCCACCGCGGCGCAAGCACAUGGUCUUCCUGGGCGGCUCGGUGCUGGCCGACAUCAUGAAGGACAAGGAGGAGUUUUGGAUGAGCCGCGAGGAGUACAAGGAGAAGGGGUUGCACGGUGUGCUCGCCAAGCUCGGCCUCUGAGGGACCGAGUCAGACCAGCCCCGCCGAAGCGGUGUCGCAGUCGGGUCGCGACACGACACGUGGGUUUGUGCGGUUUUAGGAUUUAGCGCGUAGAGCGUCUUUUUUUGUGCGCGUCCGUGCGUGACGCC